AUGGCGCAGAUUAGACCUCUACCUGCUUCGGGAAUUCAAACCGGGCCCACUUCCACGACGCGAAAUGCCAUCACCCAUCCUGAAGCCGUCGAAAUGCUUAGGGAAUGUCAUGCCAACGCCGCGACUUGGAUAAAAGACUUAGAUAUCUCCAAGCGCAGGGCCGUAACAGACCACAAACGCUACGAGGAGCUCGACGCCGAGAUCGACCGCCUAAAGAAAGAGAACGCCGACCUAACGGAUGAACUGACCCGCCCGAAGGAACGGUUGUAG